AUGUGGUUGCUGAUAUUGUUGGUGAACUUUGUAAUUAUGGCUGCUGGAACAUACUGGUACCUGUUUGGAAGACCAAGUCCAUUUACACUGGAAUCAGUAAGACCACCAGGACCUUAUGAGAUGGACCAGAAGAAGAGAGACAAAGUGUUAAAACAAGGGUUUACCAAAGAGAAGAUUCCGGAUAAUCUGGAUGCCAUUGUAAUAGGAAGUGGCAUUGGAGGAAUGACAGCCGCAGCCACGAUGGCCAAAGUAGGGAAGAGAGUCCUUGUGUUAGAGCAACACGAUGUUGCAGGAGGGUGCUGCCACACUUUCACCAAGCAAGGCUUUGAGUUUGAUGCUGGGCUUCACUACAUUGGACAGCUGCAUGAGAACAGUCUGUUUAAGGUCGCCAUGGACCAGAUCACUGAGGGUCAGCUGGAGUUUGUAGAGAUAGAUAAGCAUUUUGACAAUCUUAUGAUUGGCGCUGGAGAGGAACGAAGAGACUACAGCAUCUACACAGGCAAGACUGAGAUGGAACAGCACCUGAAGAAGCAGUUUCCUGAGGAUGUCAAAGCCGUUGAGGAGUUUUUUAAGAUCAUGAAGAUUGCAGCCAGGAGAACUCCAUUGCUGGCAAUCCUAAAGCUGAUUCCAAAGUGGUUGGCCCUGUUCCUAAUCAAGUCCGGCAUUAUCUACCUCUGCUCAUCUAUCUUUCGUCUCUCGAGCACAAGUGCCACAGAAAUCAACUACAGACUGACAAGCAACAAGGAUUUGCACUUGAUCUUCUGCUAUAUAUUCUAUGGCGUUCCUCCAAAAGAUUCUAGCUGUGUGAUCAAUGCUCUGCUCCUCCACCAUUAUAAGCGUGGUGCAUACUACCCCAAAGGGGGAGCCAGUGAGAUCCCAUUCCACAUCACUAAGGUCAUACAGAAAUAUGGGGGAAACGUGCUGGUGCGUGCCCCGGUCAAUCGUAUUUUGGUUGAUGAGAAGGGAGCUACAUAUGGGGUUACAGUCAGGAAAGGUGGUGAGGAUGUGGAGGUGCGGGCUCCUGUUGUUAUCUCAAACUGUGGAAUCUAUACCACCUUUCAGAAGCUCUUACCUCCAGAGAUACAAGCCAAGCCAGAGAUUCAGAAUCGCGUGACGAUAAAGCCUGGGAAGGCAGCAUUCCUUCUGUUCUCGGGGUUUGAUGCAACCUCAGAAGAACUAGGCAUCACAUCCACCAAUCUGUGGCUUUUCAAAUCCAAUGAUAUGGAUGCCAUGAUGGAGGAGUUCUACAGUAUGGAAAAAGAUGAGGCACCAGAAAACAUACCAAUGAUGGAAAUCACUUUUCCCUCUGCCAAAGACCCCACAUCACAGAUCAGACACCCAGGCAAGACAUCUAUGACCAUCCUGACCAUGGUGAGCUAUGAAUGGUUUGAAGAGUGGAAAGACACAACAGUGAGGAAAAGAGGGGAUGAUUAUUUUACCUAUAAAAUGAGAUUUGCCAACUACCUCUUUGACUGGGCCUGUAAACACCUCCCAAAACUUAGAGAAAAGCUUGUGUAUCAAGAGGCAGCCAGUCCUCUGACAAGUAUGCACUAUCUUGGCUCUACACGGGGGGCCAUAUACUCAGCUGAUCACAAUUUGGAACGCUUCUGUGCAGAGACUCUUGCUAAAAAUCGGUGUGAUACCCCUGUAAAAAACCUUUACAUUUCAGGUCAGGAUGUGUUUAGCUGUGGUAUUAUAGGUGCAAUGCACGGUGGACUGCUUAGUGCCUCUACGGUGCUAAAUCAAAUAAUCUACAUUGACCUCUUUCUGCUCAAGAAAAAACUGAAGAGGGAGAAGGCAAACGAAAUGGCCAGACUGUGCAAACUAAAGGUGCAGUAAUGAAACCGUGCUGCUUCUGCAGGUUGGAGGAAGAACUACUUAUUGGAUUUUUACAUUUUGCCAUUUUAUGCACUGAAUCAAAAAGAUCUCUUUUUUUAAAUAAAAACAG